AUGUUGAUAGGCUUGUUGUGUUUUCCGAUUCAAGCAAGAGAAGGACUACCUCGCAACAUCAGCAUAGGUGUGUUAUUCGAAGAAACUCAAGGAGAUGAGAGAAAACUUUUAAAAGAAGCAAUCAAAAAAGUUCAAAGGGAUACUUCAUUAUUACCUCACACAGAAUUAAUUGUUCACUGGGAAAGGAUUGGAUUCACGGAUCCGUACGACAUGAUUGAACAAGCAUGCAGAAUAUAUGGGAAGUCGCCUUCAUUAAUGAUAACAUUGACGUCCUGCCAGCCAUCUACCUUACUGCAAAAUGCUGCUAACGUGUUCAGGUUACCACAUUUACAGAUUGCUACGGAGACCUGCAGGAUUAGUUCAGAAUUUACACUAAGUAUGAAUCCCGAUGUCUAUAUGACUGACAUGGCGCUGUUUUCGCUGAUCAAGUUACAGGAAUGGACUUCAUUUGUUGUUUACUAUGACACCGAUAUGGCAUACCACCGAGUGCAGAGCAUUAUUGAAUCGGCCGAUAAUGGUAAUCUAGUUUGGGAAGUCAUUUUACUACGCUACAUUGGCGAUGAAGUGGGUACACGCUGGACAUCACAACAACUCAAAAGAAUGGACGGAAUACAUAAUUAUGUGGUUGUAUUUGAAACCAAAAAUGUAUUUAAUCUUUUACGUACGGCAGGUAACAUGGGUAUGCGGUCACGUGAAUAUCACUGGAUCGUUCUUUAUCAGGGAAUGACAGACACCCAGCUGGAAAAUGUGCCUAAGGCAUUGGGUAUUGUCAUAUUUGUCAGACAACAACCUCUCAUCAUAGAAACGAACGAAGAGGAGGUGAGAGGUCACAAAAAGAAGAAGAAAGAUAGAAUAAAUAAUGCAAGUAUACCGUCCCUCUAUCUCCAUGAUAGCGUCAUUGUUGCUGCCAUGGCACUAGAUGCAGUUAUCAAGAAACACAGGCAUUUUAUUUGGCCCGCAGUAGACCCGUCGUUGUGUAGACCAUUACAGUCUGAUACUACUGUACAUCAUAUCGGCAGGUCUGAUACUAUAGGGUCUCAGGAGGUAACGGAUAGAUAUGCGCUAAUGGAUGCUGUGCGAAAGAUUGGCAUAUGGGACCCGGUCAACAGGCUGAACAUGUCACACACCCCAUUUCAGUCGACUUUUAAAGUUCUACAGAACAGGACUUUGAAGAUUGUUACUAUAGAGGAAGAGCCUUUUGUUAGAAAAACCGAGAUCCGCCCAGGAGUGUAUGAAUACACAGGUUUCUGCAUAGACAUAUUAGACGAAAUUUCUAGAAAGUUACAAUUCACGUAUGUGCUAUAUGAUGUUCCUGAUCUGAAAUACGGAGCUAAAGUGAAUGGUACAUGGAAUGGGUUAGUCGGAGAAGUGGCAUAUGGGAAAGCAGACAUGGCAGUAGCUGGAAUAACAAUAAUGGCUGAGCGAGAAGAAGUUGUUGAUUUCACUAAACCGUAUUAUCAGUAUGCCCUGGGAAUUAUUAUCAGUAAGCCCCGGACCGAGCGAGGCAUCUUCGCCUUUAUGGAGCCAUUAAGCGGUCCGGUGUGGGGAUGUAUAGCAGCGGCCUUGUUUGUAGUGGGAAUAUUCCUGUUCGUCAUAGCCAGGCUUAGUCCAUAUAGCUCGUUCAAUUACUCUAAAAAAGAAUAUUGUGAAUGUAAAGGCGAUGACUUUAACUUGAAGAACAGCUACUGGUUUGCAUUGGCAUCCCUUAUGAACCAAGGUGGUGAUACUGCUCCCUACUCUAUCUCCGGGAGAUUACUGAGCGGUUUCUGGUGGUUUUUCACUUUAAUAAUCAUAGCUACGUACACAGCUAAUUUGACAGCAUUUCUGACAGUGAGCAGGAUGGAAACGCCUAUAUCGUCUGUGGAGGAAUUAUCAACGCAAUCUAAAAUCAAAUACGGUACCAUCCGAGACAGUAGUGUAGUCUCAUUUUUUAAAAGAUCCACAAUAAAUCCUUAUCAGCGAAUGUGGCAGUUCAUGAAUACGACAGAGGUUGAUCCAUACGUAGACACUGUCACGGACGCAUAUCGUAGAGCGAAAGGGGAGGAGUAUGCCUUCAUGUGGGAUUAUCCCGUGUUGGAGUUACAAAAAAGAAUCGAUUGCGAUCUUAUGACUGUGGGAAAGCCUUUCUAUGAAAAGGGAUACGGUUUUGUAACUCCACAAGGAGCGGAUUGGAGAGAUGAUAUAUCCAUGAGUAUUCUGGAGAUGAGGGAGAAUGGUCAACUAGAAAAAUAUCGCAAGAAGACCUGGGAAAUCGAAAGCGAGUGUGAGGACGAUGCGGCUAUGAUAAGAAGUUCCACAAAUGAGAUAGAUAUUCAAAGUGUUGCUGGUGUGUUCUAUAUACUUAUGAUCGGUGCAGGUGUCUCCUUGAUAACUGUCUCAGUAGAGAUAUUGUAUUAUCAUUUUUUGAGGAAGUGUUGUCGACCAACUAUAACAGUCCAUCCCAACGUGGAUGGUAAGGCUAUUGAGGUCAGAGAAGAAAAUGCUAUAGAAGAUGGUAAAUCCUUGUCUAAUUCCAGAGUUUGA